AUGUCAGGUCUCAGGAUAAUGGUGGUUGGUAAAACCGGAGCUGGAAAGAGUGCAUCAGGAAACACCAUCCUGAAAGAAAAGGUGUUUGAAGAAAACUUUUCUUCUGAAUCUGUGACUAAGACAUGCCAGAAACAUCAGCAGAAGGUGAAAGGUGGAAGCAUCUCAGUAAUCGACACUCCAGGACUGUUUGAUACAAAAAUCAGUGAAAAACAACUGAAGGAUGAGAUUGAGAAAUGUGUUAACAUGUCUGUUCCUGGUCCUCAUGUGUUUCUGCUGGUCAUCAGACUGGACGUGAGAUUCACAGACGAGGAGAAGAAAACUGUGAAAUGGAUUCAGGAGAACUUUGGAGAAAAAGCUGCUGAUUACUCCAUCAUUCUGUUCACUAGAGGAGAUCAGAUAGAUAAACCUAUAGAGGAGUUUCUGACCGAAAACAGGCAGAUUCAAGAGCUUGUUAGACAGUGUAAAUCCAGAUAUCAUGUUUUCAAUAACAAAGAUAAAAAUCCAACACAGGUUAAUGAACUGCUGGAUAAGAUAGUAAGAAUGGUGAUGGAGAACGGAGGAGAACAUUAUACAAAUGAGAUGUACAAGGAAGCUCUGAAGAGGCAGAGAGAGGAAGAUGAGAGAUGGAGGUUGGAAGAAGAGAAAAACAUGAAAAUGGAAGAAAGAUUCAAGAACAUGAAUGAGGAUAAAAAAACAGGAAUCAUGGAAGUAUUGGGGGCAGUAGUUUUGGUAGCAGUUGUUCUAGGUUUAAUAUUCUUAUGCUCCUGUUUAUAUUGAAAACAUGAAUAGCCUACACUGAAAAAAAGUGAAAUGCAUGGCAGCACAGGGUGCCAAACAUUUACU